AUGGAUUCAGUCAGCUGGACCUCCAACACCAAACUCCCCAGCAGCAAAUCAGAAACCCCCUCUACCGGAUGCUUCACUUCCUGGGUAAUCUUCGACGAUGACCAGGAGAACAAGCAGCCCCGCCUCCACUGCCUGGAGCGGCCCUCCCACAUCCGAUUGGACAACCUCAGCCACUACCAGGACACCAACAGUAACCUGAUUGGUUCUCCUCCCCUACUUUGGAACCAAACCCAGAACAGCCGGCACCUGACGCCAGACAGAAACCCACCUAGAACCCUGCUGACCGACCCAAGAACCGCUCCUCUACUCUCCGGCAGCACUACACACUACACCAAGAAUAAUCCUUUCCUGUGUGAAGAGUUCAACAACAUCCAGCCGUCUCCCAUCAACCCCUUUACUUCCUACUUCGAUAGUAAACAGAAAGUGGCAUCACAGACGACCCAGAGUAACGGCUCCACCCACCACCGGGAGAGCCCUCCCUGUGCCUUCUCCUUUAGCUCUCCUUUCGUCCAGUCCCACAGCUCCCACAGCCAAGAGGCCAAACAAGACACCGUUCUCCUCUUCUACCCUGAGUUUGAGCGAGGAGGAGGAGAGACGAUCAGCCAUGUCACACCUACCUUAGACAGACGAGACCUGGAUAAGCUGAGAAACCUCCAGAUCUCAGACCCAGAUGAUCCAGGCAGCCCCACUCUGCCUGAUGACUCAGUGGAGGAGGCAGAGGAAGAUGGGAUGAAAGAAGAGGAUGAGAGUGUCCCCUACCUCCCAGAUCACAUGACCCCCCCAGGAGGGCUGGGCCAUGUUGCUCCGUAUACCAGAGAAGAAGAACAUCAUGUCGUCACGCCACUGGGGACGUGCGCGUCCGAACACCGCCUGCAGAACUACAAUGAAGCCGGCCGCGUCCACACCCUCAGUGUGGAACUGGUCCAAUACCCCGAGAAGAGGCGAAUCCAGCCAAAGUCGCCCGUCACCCACCAGCCAAUCUGCGAGCAGCUGGUGAAGCUGGGCACCACCUGUUACCAUGACUACCUGAGUUUUCUCCACGCGCUGUUGGAGGUGCUGAGGCGGUUGCCGGUGGUGACUGGCGGUGCGUUGCCAGGGACGAUGGGGUUGCCAGUAGGGGUGGGGCUGACUGAGGAGCAGGUGCAGGUGGAGGUGAGGGACGAGUUCUACGGGACGGUCGCCGCGGGAGAUGGGAGGAUUCUGAAGCAGCUGCUGGUGACACGUGUGCACGUGCUGGCGUUCCUUUCCGGGUCUGCGGGCUGUCGCCUUGGACUCAACGAUGUCCAGGUCAAAGGUAAGGAGGUGGUCUCUAGACAGGACAUCAUCCCCAACACCACCACUCGCUGGAUCCGCCUGCGGGACUGUCAGCUUCACGACCAACACGCAGACAAACUAGAGUUCCUGUCGUCACGCCAAAUCGUCUUCACACCACCGCCCUGCCGCCGCUUCCAGCUGUUCGCCUUCCGCACGGCUUUCGCCGAGAAGACCCUCCCCUUCACGCUGCGCACCAUCACCUCUGUCCGCGGCGCCGAGGUCACCCUGCAGUCCUGGCUGCUGAUGUCACAGGGCUUCUCGUCCAAUCGGGACAUGUUGAACCUCAUUCCGUGUGAGAAUGUGACGAUCCGCUACCCCAUCCCUGAGAUCUGGGCCAAGAACUUCCGUCGGGAUGGGGUGUUGGGGGAGAGGUCACCUGAAGGCCAGCUUCAACAAGGGCGGCAGCUUCGGCACGGCGAGUACUUCCGGGUCAGAGCCGGUGAUGAGGCGUUGGGUCACCCCCACACCUUCUUCUGUCGUCUGGAGCUGGGUUCGGACCGAGAGGUACCAGCCUCGCUGCAGAGCCACCUAGAGGUAGAGUUUGACAUGCCUGCCGCCGCCGCCUCCAAAGCCACCGUCCGCUCCCUCUCUGUAGAGGACAGGACCGACGUCAAGAAGUGGGUCAACUACAAGUCACACUACUCCUACCAGGUCUAUGUGAGAGCAGGGGGAGGGAGGAGGAGCAGGGAGGUGGAAGGGUGA